GGUUCAUUCGGUUCGCAUCCCAACCCACGAAGAACAGACGGUUGUAUUGUGACCCGUGCAAGUGCCCGUUUAUUUCCAGCAUCCUUCCGACGUAAAGAAGGCAUAAUGUAGUCCCUACAACGCCUUGUACCGUAUACUCUACCUACACGGAAAUGAUGACGACCGGAAAUGCCGAAGAACCAGAUAGUAAACCCUCCGAUGCCAUUCAUUCACACGACAAUGAGCCGACCGUUAGUUGGAAAUGGGUGGCGGUGGAUCGACUUCUUCACACCGUAACCGGGCACGAUCGACGAUGUGUGGACUCAUUCGAUGGUUUCGUGCACCGUUGCAUGUACCGCCCGGUCGAUGGUGCGGCCCUUGCCGUGGCGCGUAUCCUUUUCGGCCUCGCAAUGCUAAUCGAUAUUCCGGAGGAACGUGGCGGCGGUGACCUAGACCUUCGUUGGGGUGAACCACGGGACUGCCGGUUUCCGUUGAUCCACUCCAUGGAACCACCGGCCUUACCACGUAUGGGACUUAUCUAUGGCUUGAUGUGGCUCGGUGCUGCCGGCAUGAUGUUCGGUUACCGGUACCGGUUGUCCACCGGUAUCUUCACCUUGUCCUACUGGUACGUGUUUCUGCUGGACAAGAGCGCCUGGAACAAUCACAGCUAUCUGUACGGGUUGCUCGGUACGCUGUUCCUUUUUACCGAUGCGAACCGCUGCUGGUCCAUUGAUGCUUGGCGGGAACCGCACGAUGAUGGUAUGGUUCCAUUCUGGAACUACUUCAUCCUUAAGUUCCAGUUCUUUGUGCUGUACUUUAUCGCCGGAUUGAAGAAGCUGUGCCAUGAGUGGUUAUCUGGAUACGCGAUGACAAACCUUAGCUACCAUUGGGUGUUUGCACCAUUCCGGCUCCUGCUAGGGGCCAAGCUAACCGAUUUACUGAUCGUGCACUGGUUCGGUUGCCUGUUCGAUACAUCGGUAGUGUUUUUCCUCAUCUACGGACCUACGCGCCGCAUUGCAACCGUGUUUGCCAGCAUGUUUCAUCUUAUGAACUCACGGCUCUUUCACAUCGGCAUGUUUCCCUGGGUCUGUCUGACUCAGCUACCCCUCUACUACAGUGCCAGCUGGCCCAGGCGUAUUAUGCUACCGAACACACUCGGUCAUGAUUCCGGAAAACCCGCCUCAGAGCAUGUGGAACCUGUUAAUGACGAUGAUGAUGGAGUCACUGCGUUAUCUAACGAAAAAAUGAAUCAACAGCGACGUCGACGAUGCUGGACCGUGAUGACCAUGUUGGCGUACUGUUCCGUGCAGCUGUUUCUACCAUACUCGCACUUCCUCACCCAAGGAUACAACAACUGGACGAAUGGGCUGUACGGAUACUCUUGGGAUAUGAUGGUGCACGCCUGGGAUACGAUCAUGAUCGGUAUUCGUGUGGUAGAUCACGGACACGCAUCGGCCACACCUGUGCUGUACGUGGAACCGUACGCCUUUACCGACAACGAUCGGUGGACGAAGCAUGCGGACAUGGCCCUACAGUUUGCCCGCUGUCUCGAGCGUAACAUCCACCGGGAACGGCAGGCAAAGCCAAACAUAUCAAUCUACUUCGAUAUAUGGUGCAGCAUGAAUGGACGGUUCCAGCAGCGGAUAUUUCACCCGCUUGUGGACAUCCUGCACGCACCGUGGUCUCCGUUUCAGCCCGUGCCUUGGGUACUACCUUUGCUGAAUGAAUUCAAUGGUCUGCGGGACACGGUAAUGCGUCGAAUCACCGAAACCGUGCUUAGCUGGAGCAACUACACGGACGUACUGUUCAUUGCGGACUUUCCCGGGUUAACGUUGCACAAUUAUGUCGCUAGCGAGCUGUACAAUGUAACGCUAACGGUGCUCAACGGUACGGUACGCUUUGCGAUGGCCAUCGAUGAUGAACUGGAUGCGGUGGAGUCUGGCCCUCCGCUGCUUCUCGGUCCCGGCGGUAGCAUACCGGUGCUUUCAGGCCAUUUUCAUGCGAUCGAAACGCUCGGUGAGGAACCGUCCUGCUUUAUGUACACCUUUGUCAAUCGAACCAAAGAGCUGGCAGGGCUUAAAGGUGCACCCGUUAAGGAUGAACGCAAUGCCGCGAUGCUCCCACUGCGUGAGGAAUUUCUGCAUCGAUGGGAAAACUUUAUCCGCUUCAUGCAGCACGUCGGUAACUCAGUGAUGUUCGAGCUGUACGGUGUACCUAUGCCACGACGGUUGAAAGAGCUCGUAGUAGAUGGUGGCUAAAUCAAUAGCGGUCGAUCGAUCGCUAUGCUUCUACCUGUGUGAAUGUGCGUAAUGUGUUGUAGAACUUGGUGGGCAAACGUGUGUGAUUUUUUUUAUUACGGAACGGCCGAUGGCAUCUAUUUUUGUCAAAUAAAGU